AUGGCAUUGAAGCAAGACAUGUUACCUCUCGAUUGUGCCCUGUAUGGCAUUGAAGCAAGGAUUCAAAAGGAAGUUUCUUGGAAUUCAAGCAUCGACUCAACUAGGCAACUAAUUGGACUGGUUUCACAUGCCAUGGUAGAACUUGGGGACGGCAAGAAUUUUAUCUGGGAAAUAAGGGACAUGGAGAAUUUUGAGAUAACAUACGCACUUAAAGACUAA